UUUCCGGGCGUGUGUUUCCGGCGUCGGCGGCCGCGGCCGGGGACGGUGUGAGAGCGGUAAGAUGGCGGCGGCAGCGGUGGUGGAGUUCCAGAGAGCCCAGUCUCUGCUCAGCACUGACCGGGAGGCCUCCAUCGACAUCCUCCACUCCAUCGUGAAGCGUGACAUUCAAGAAAAUGAUGAGGAGGCAGUUCAGGUCAAAGAGCAGAGCAUCCUUGAACUGGGGUCUCUCCUGGCGAAGACUGGACAGGCUGCAGAGCUUGGAGGACUCCUGAAGUAUGUACGACCCUUCUUGAAUUCCAUCAGUAAGGCUAAAGCUGCCCGUCUGGUCCGAUCCCUUCUUGAUCUGUUUCUUGAUAUGGAAGCAGCUACAGGGCAGGAGGUGGAGCUGUGUUUAGAAUGCAUCGAAUGGGCCAAAUCAGAGAAAAGAACUUUCUUACGCCAAGCUUUGGAGGCAAGACUGGUGUCUUUGUACUUUGAUACCAAGAGGUACCAGGAAGCGUUGCAUUUGGGUUCUCAGCUACUUCGAGAGUUGAAAAAGAUGGAUGACAAAGCUCUUUUGGUGGAAGUACAGCUCUUAGAAAGCAAAACAUACCAUGCCCUGAGCAAUCUGCCGAAAGCCCGAGCUGCCUUAACCUCUGCUCGAACCACAGCGAAUGCUAUCUACUGCCCCCCGAAACUGCAGGCAACCCUGGACAUGCAGUCAGGUAUCAUCCAUGCAGCAGAGGAAAAGGAUUGGAAAACUGCAUACUCAUACUUCUAUGAGGCUUUUGAGGGUUAUGACUCCAUCGAUAGUCCCAAGGCCAUCACAUCUCUGAAGUACAUGUUGCUGUGCAAAAUCAUGCUCAAUACCCCAGAAGAUGUCCAGGCUUUGGUGAGCGGGAAGCUUGCACUUCGGUAUGCAGGGAGACAGACAGAAGCAUUAAAAUGUGUGGCUCAGGCUAGCAAGAACAGAUCGCUGGCGGAUUUUGAGAAGGCCUUGACAGAUUACAGGACAGAGCUCCGGGAUGACCCCAUCAUCAGCACACACUUGGCCAAGUUGUAUGAUAACUUACUGGAACAGAACCUGAUCCGAGUCAUUGAGCCUUUUUCCCGAGUACAGAUUGAACACAUAUCUAGCCUCAUCAAACUUUGCAAGGCUGAUGUGGAAAGGAAAUUAUCACAGAUGAUUCUUGACAAGAAGUUUCAUGGGAUUUUGGACCAGGGUGAGGGUGUCCUGAUUAUUUUUGAUGAACCCCCAGUAGAUAAAACUUAUGAAGCUGCUCUGGAAACAAUUCAGAACAUGAGUAAAGUAGUGGAUUCCCUCUAUAACAAAGCCAAGAAGCUGACAUAGAGUUGGAUCUGUAGCGGUCCUUUGGAGAGUGUGUGUGGCGGGAGAGUGAAACCUUGGGGGAAAGUGCUAGGAGAUUCUUUUUUCUUUUUGUUCUACUUUUCGCUCGGAAAGUUUUUAAAUCCUCAUUUGGUGCAUCUGUAUUCCAGCCAAUCGGUGUGCCAGUUUUCAUGUAAUCUUUACUGGCCCAACUUGGGAGUGGGGAAAUUGCUUAAAAAAAAAAAAAGAAAAAGAAAAAAAAAGAGUUCUAAAUAAAAGGAAAAAAGGCUUACACUACCUAAAGCUGUGCUCUCUGCCUCCUGGGAGAGGGCCGCAAAGCCAGGCACCAACCACUGGGGGGUCCUAAUCCACCCGCUGGGCGCCACCUCUCCUCUUCAGAAUUGGGUGUUCGCUGGCCAUCAAAAGCAAUGACUUUUUAUUCUGUUUGUACUGAACCAAAACAAACAACUGUGUAUAGACUGCUGUUUUCUUUUUUAUUUGAAAUGAGGCGUUUCAGUGUUCUUUCCCCUGCCAUUUGGCCUGUCCGCCUGUUCCUACCCCUCCUGACGUUGGCUCCCGAAGAAGAGCUGAAGGUCCACAGCCACGCUGCUGUCAUGGCGGCGGCGGCGGCAAUAGCAGCAGCAGCAGCAGCAGCAGCAGCAGCAGCAGCACCUGCACGGCUCCGCUCUGACCUGAGAAGGAAUGGGGACAAGACCGGGAGCUGGCGCCCACUACGGCCACAAAGGGAGCAGUGUGGGUCCUCCGCCCCGGGGGCCUGCCGUGCAUGUGGCUUUUCUUUUUUUUAACACAGUAACUAGAUUAGAUGUCAGUGUUUUAACUGCCUCUCUCUCCUCUGCUCUUCUCUGUUCUCUCUCUCCCUUCCCUGUCCCUUCUCUCAGCUGGGAGACCGUCUCCUCCUGCCCCCUCCUCCCUUUCAGAGGAGUUGGACUGUCUGAAUUCCAUCAGCUUCUCCCUCUCCACUCCUCCUGCUGUCGGAUGGGUUUAUUCCUUUUUUAAACAGUGAACAUCGGAAAUGAGACUGUGGGGUGUGGUUUCUGUUUUCUGUUUUUGUUUUUUUUCCUUGUUGGGUUUUUGAGCAACCUCAUGUCCCCUUCCCAGGGAGCUUCUGUAUUUACCUCUUAGAACUCAAACGGAUGGGAGGGAGGUGGAGCACUGUAUCUCAGCAUGCUUUGUUUUCUGACGCGAUUACGUAGCGAGGCUUUAAUGCCAUUGGGGCAGAUGAGCUUCUGCACUUCCUCUGUGUUCAACUGUAUUUUCUUCUGCCAUCUCCUCUUUGUCUUUCUUCUUUUCCUCUCCCCCUCCUCAUGCCUCUUUCCUGCUGGCUUCUUUUUCUUUGCCUUUCUCAGAUUAUCCUUCCAGGUUUUCGUAAUAAAUUUAUAUUUUGUAAAAGGAUUUUGUUGUACCAGGUUUUGCAUCUUCACUGAAUCUGACUGGCCUUCAUUCUCCUCUCCAAAAUCAGGUUUCUGUUCUCAACAUCUUUCCCCAUCAUGUCCAGUCACUGUUUUGGUUUUGGCACCAUCAAUAUCAAAUGUACAAACGGUUCUUGCUAACCAACACCAGGUAUAUCUGAUGUUCAGAUGAGUUCCAAUAAAAAUAAUUUUUUUUUCAAAA